UGGGAGCAAAAUCUGUCACAGUUCAGUUUAUUUUGAAAUCCACUAUUGACAAGAUGCAAUUCAAGACAAUCUUUAUUUUUUCCUACUUGGCAACCGUUGCCAUGGCGUCGACUAUGAAAUUACGGACCCAGAAUCCCACCGGGUUGACUGGCGAAAAAAGGGGCGCAUUAGACGAGCUGAUGAAGCGCGUUCUGCCCAAAAUUAAGGAGGACUGGGUUAAGGAUGAGCUAUAUGUUUUGAAAUUUCUUUGAGGUAAUUUAUAUUAUUUGUGAAAACCUUUUUUAAGUUUGUAUUUUUAUUAUAAAAUUUUGAGAAAUAUUCAGCCAAAAAUUUCAAUGUGGACGAUGCCGAGCUGUAUUUCAUUGCGGUAUGAAAAAUAAUUAGUAGUGAUAUUUCCUUACAUUAAUUAAUUUGAAUGGAAUUAAUAAUAGUUGAAGUAAAGUUUCCGAAAUUAGCAACAUUUAGUAUAAACAAUUUUUUAUGAAAAUCUAUUUGAAUUUAGUCACAAAUUUAGCCAGACUUCAGUUUCAUUUCGAAAACUAGUAAUAAAUUAAUAGACACACUUUUGAAUAAAAAUGAAUUCAAGUCGAAAUAAAAAAAUUAACAAAUUUCACUCUCUAAAAAAUAGCAUCUCUUUUGGCGCGAGGAUAACAAAAUGAGCACAAUUUUAACCGAGGACUUUUCCGAUAUGAAGAAAGAUUUUCCUUACAAAUUCGACGGUCAUGACAAACAAGGACGGCCACUUUUGACCGUGGACUUUGGCUCCUGGGAUUUGGACGGGGCCGCGGAACGUGGUCAGAUUGACCGCUCGCUCCGCUACUAUGACCGCAUAUUGGACGAAGCGGAGCAUAAACUGCUCGAUUUGCAGCAUCAGGGCAAAAAUGUCACACAAUUCGUCUGGCUAAUAAACCAAGAUAAUAAAGCUUCCAUCAGCUUGGCAGCUUCCCGAGCUUACUGGCAUUACGCUACCGUUUACGAAAAACAACAUCCCGGCUCCGGAACGAGAAUACUUAUGAUAAAUUCCCCGUCUAUCUUUUCAUCCGCCAUGUCGGCCAUUCGUCCGUUAUUGUCGCAGGAAUCGAACGACAUCUUUGACAACUAUGCCGACGAGAAGGAAUGGAAACCCAUCGUCCUGGAUUUGGUGGACGCGGACCAACUGUCCCCUUCCUAUGGGGGAACGAAGGGCACGGGCAAAAGCAAAAUUCUUGCGGGCACGUUUCACGGAGACGCGAAUAAACCCGGGUCUUGGUCUUGGCCCAAAUUUUUCGGGCCCAGACACUGAUCCGGUUUCUUUCUUGAUAUACUUUUAAAUCGAAAAAUAUUGAUUUGCAAAAUAAAAUCAGUUAAACAUAUUGCUUGUUAUCAUAGAUGCAUACAUAAUCGAAAAAUGUUGAUUUUCAAAAAAAAAUUGGUUUUAAAAUGUCUUCAAUUAAAUACUUACAGUAAUUGAAAAAUUA